AUGAACCAAUUUGAUCAGGAAGAGAACGUCUGGGGCGACGAGCCGUCGCCCAGAGCCAAUCAGGGCGUGAGUGUGCUGCUCAACACGGACGAUAACCCGUAUGCGACCGAUUUCGGCGCGCCUGCCUUGGACGAGGUCGAUUUCCACUCGGGUCCCAAUAUUUACAACGAGCUCAGUGACACGAUGCGGUCGAUCCAUCUGCAGAACCCGGCACCCGAGGAGGCUGAGCAGACAGAGGAGACUGAACAGCCCCAGGAGUCGGUCGAAAGCGCCGCAGAACAGGCCCACCAGGCCGAAUUGGUCGAGCACGCCAAACAGAGAAACAAACAGCUGCUUUCGUCGCUCGUGGCCACCGACCACGAAAACCCGCCGCUGACGCAGUCUUUGCUGGAGGAAACGCCCGACGAGAACGAGCGGCUGUUCACCGCGGGCAACGACGGGCCGCUGGACUCGGUGCUCGACUUCAAUGCCCCAAUAUCUCCGCCUAGACAAGCCUCGGACGACCCGCAUCGUCUGGACGGCGUCACGUCCCCAAACAAGAAAACUAGACUGUUCAGACCGCGCAGAGGCCGCAAAACCACCACAGAGGCAAGCAACCCGUUGGACCCCCUAUCGCAGAAACCACAGGAAGAACAGGCACAGGUGGCCGAAUCACGGAAAGAGUCGCUCAUAGCAGCCGUGGACAAGCCAUUGUUCGAUAUCCAGAAAGCACAGAGCCCCAUAAAGCCAACGCUAAAGGCUCCAGAACAAACAGAGCCAGCAGACCACUUUGAGAUCAUAGUUGGCGACCCAAUCAAAGUCGGAGAACUCACAAAUGCCCAUAUAGUGUACUCCAUCACGACGAAAUCCAAGUCGAGCCUGCUCAAAGAGGAGGUCAGCACGGUGACCAGACGAUACAAAGACUUUUUGUGGCUGUACAACCAGCUUAUGAACAACCAUCCCGGAUAUAUCAUUCCUCCUCCGCCAGAAAAACAGGCGUACGGCCGGUUUGACGAAAAAUUCAUCGAGAACAGACGUCUUGCGCUGGAGAAGAUGCUCAUCAAGAUCUCCAAGGUGCCUGUUUUGCAAAAAGACUACGACUUUAUCAUUUUCCUGCAAAGCGACCGGUUUGCAACCGAGGCCAAAGAACGCGAGUUUUUGUACUACCACGGGACUACAGGCGAUGACCAGUCGAUUCUGCAAGGAGAGGAGACUGCGAGCGACUUUUCUGCCUCGUCGCUCAUCAAUUCGGCCAGUCCAGGAGCCAACGGUGGCUUUUUGAGCUCGCUGAUUGGUCUCAACACUCCAAAAUACAUCGAGAACGACCAGUUCAUUCUCGACAAGCAGGCCUACGUGGAGGCGUUCGACCAGCAGUUGCGUGCACUGUCCAAGACACUGGACUUCAUUCUCGAGAAGCGCGAGGACGUUAUCAUCUCGAUGAACGAGCUGAUCAUCAUUGUGCAGCAGCUGACUGACCUGGAGGUGAACGGCGAGCUGAGCGAGCUGUUUUCGAACUACGAGGAGCUGCAGACCAAGGUCAAGGAGCUUCUGGAGCGCACCAACAUGCAGCAGAUCCUCACUCUGGGCACGACGAUCGACGAGUACAUCCGCACGAUCGGGUCGAUCAGAAACUGUUUCGAGAUGCGGUUCAAGCUGUGCAACAGUCUUGUCAGCUUGCAGAGCCAGCACUCCAAGAAACAGAAGAACCUGAUCAAGUUCAAGACGAAAAACCACAACCAGCUGGAAAAAAUCAAGCGAUACGAGGAAGAGCUGUCCAGCAUGGAGAAUACCAUCACCAAACAGGAGGAGUUCAAGCUGGAGUUCAACAAGAAUUUGAAACGCGAGUUGGACAAGUUUGAGUUUGAGAAAGUGGAGGACUUCAAAAGCACGGUCGAAAUCUACUGGGAAGGACUAAUCGAGUCCCAGAAAGAACUGAUCGAGCUUUGGGAGUCGUUCUACGACAAGUGCAAGUUUCAGGAUGACUAG